GCGAAGAGAGGGGGAGCUUGCGGGAGCCGUGGGGAGCGGGCGUACACGUGUCAAGCGCCGAUGGCGGACGGGAAGGAAGAAGGAAAAGAAGAGGAAGUAGGAGAAGAAGGAGAAGAAGAUGAAGAAGAAGGAGAAAAAGAAAAGAAAAGAAGAGGGAGUAGGAGAAAAAGGACAACGAGGAACGGCGACGGAGGAGGUAGAGGAGGAGGGGGAGGAGAAGGACGAGGAGGAGGAGGAGGAGGAGGAGGUGGCGAUGGAGGAGGAUGGCGCGAUGGAGGAGGAGGAGGAGGGGGAGGAGGAGGAAGGGGAGGAGGAGACGAUGGAGGGAGAGGAGGAGGACGAGGAGCAGCCGACGGAGGUGGACUCGGAGGACUUGGAGGAGGAGGAGGAGGAGGAGGUGACGAAGAAGAAGAAGAAGAAGAAGAAGAAGAAGAAGAAGAAGAAGAAGAAGAAGAAGAAGAAGAAGAAGAAGAAGAAGAGGAGUUGGAGGAGGAGGAGGAAGAGGACAAGGCGACGACGAAGAAGAAGAAGAAGAAGGAGAAGAAGAAGAAGAAGAAGAAGAAGAAGAAGAAGAAGAAGAAGAAGAAGAAGAAGAAGAGGAGGAGGAGGAGGAGGAAAAGGAGACGAUGGAGGGAGAGGAGGAGGACGAGGAGCAGACGACAGAGGUGGAGUCGGAGGAGGAGUUUGAGGAGGCGGAGGAGGAGGACGAGGCGACGACGACGACGACGACGACGACGACGAGAAGAAGAAGAAGAAGAAGAAGAAGAAGAAGAAGAAGAAGAAGAAGAAGAAGAAGAAGAAGAAGAAGAAGAAGAGGAGGAGGAGGAAAAUGAGAUGAUGUAGAAGAAGGCGAGGUGACGGCGGCGACGACGGCGACGACGACGACGACGACGACGACGACGACGACGACGACGACGACGACGACGACGACGACGACGACGACGAAGAAGAAGAAGAAGAAGAAGAAGAAGAAGAAGAAGAAGAAGAAGAAGAAGAAGAAGAAGAA